GCACGAGAAAAUUAAACGAGACAUAGGAGCUUGCUACCAAAUUGAGAUAAAUACAACUGUUUUUACAGUUGAAGUCGACCACGCUUUCAAAUAUCAAAAUAGUUCAUUUGAAUUUGAAGUUAAAUGAUUGCAACAAUAUCAUUCUUAACUCUCUCAAAGAUCUUGUCUUGCUGCUAGCUAACUGUAUUACCAGGAAAAGAAACCGGGUGUCAAGUUGUCAUAUUAGGCACCUAGCUCUUAGUUUCGUAUCGUCUGACGCUGGUGUCACUCUGUACGACGGAUCACUGGGGACAAAGCGAUCCAGCUGCAUCAUCGAACAAUGAACGAAGACGAGUUGGUGGAGUACUUCAGAACCCAGAUGAGGCAGGAUCCAGAUGUGGCCUCCGCAGUGGCAGCCAUCCGGACGCUGCUGGAGUUCUUGAAAAGAGAUAAAGGGGAAACCAUCCUAGGCCUGAGGGAGAACCUGACGCAGGCCAUUGACCGGCUGACGGGAGUGGACUCCUCAGUGGCUGUGUCUUCGGGCGGUGAACUCUUCCUGCGUUUCAUCAGCCUCACAUCGCUGGAACAUGGGGAUCUUUCGCGAUGCAAGAAAGUUAUGGUAGAAAGAGGGGAGCUUUUCCUGAAGAAAAUCUCUUUCUCCCGAAACAAGGUGGCGAAGCUGUGCCACACCUUCAUAAAAGAUGGAGCAAAAAUUCUGACACACUCCUCUUCCAGAGUGGUACUAAGAGUGCUGGAGAAAGCGGUGGCUGAGAAGAAACGCUUCACUGUAUAUGUAACAGAAUCUCAGCCAGACUGUGCAGGGAAGAAAAUGGCUGAGGCCUUGAAAAAUCUCAACGUUCCUGUCACAGUGGUGUUAGAUGCUGCCGUGGGUUACGUUAUGGAGAAAGUGGACCUGGUGAUAGUGGGUGCGGAAGGAGUGGUUGAGAGUGGUGGAAUCAUCAACAAGAUUGGAACCUAUCAAAUGGCUGUUUGCUCCAAAGCACACAACAAACCCUUCUAUGUGGUGGCGGAGAGCUUCAAGUUUGUCCGGCUUUAUCCACUGAACCAGCAGGAUGUUCCAGAUAGAUUCAAGUACAAAGCAGACACCCUGAAGACAGUGGAGAACCUUGCUGAGGAGCACCCCAUGAUCGACUACACGCCCCCCUCCCUCAUAACUCUGCUGUUCACAGACCUGGGUGUCCUCACUCCCUCUGCUGUCAGCGACGAACUCAUUAAGCUCUAUUUGUGAUUUCCCUGAGCGCAUUAAUAAAAUCAAUCAACACAAA